UUCCACAUAUAAGUCUUCUAUGUUGAGUAGAACUCUCAACUCUUCUCGUGAAGAAAAACUUCUACUUUAAGUGCAACUCCUACUCAUCCACCUUUAUCUUCAAGUGUUGUAAUCCGACUCAAACUAUUCUUUUACCCACAUGAUCAACACUUUGAGUUUAUUGCUGCAUCAUCUUAUACAUUCCCAAAUCCAAGUGUAUUUUGUCUUCAUGUAUCAGUGAACUGUAUCACCUUGACUUUGCAUAUCAGUGGAUCAUUUCAACUAACAUGUUUCAGCUAUCAUGUCAAUCACCAAAACUCAUAUACUUCAACAACUAUGAUAAAGAACAUUAAUUUGGUGUAAACACCGUGGGUUUGUAAACAUGAAAGUAGCAGUGGUAGGAGCAGGGAUAAGUGGACUGGUUUCUGCAUAUGAAUUAGCCAAAGCUGGUGUUGAAGUUGUGGUUUAUGAGAAGGAAAAUUAUCUUGGUGGCCAUCCUAACACUGUCACUGUUGAUGGGGUCGAUCUUGACCUUGGUUUUAUGGUCUUCAACCGGGUAACUGCGGUAACUUAUUCCAACAUGAUGGAAUUUUUCGACUGCCUUGGAGUUGAUAUGGAGAUCUCUGAUAUGUCAUUUUCAGUGAGCUUAGACCAAGGUCGUGGUUACGAAUGGGGUACCCGAAAUGGAUUCUCUAGUUUGUUUGCACAAAAGAAGAAUGUGUUGAAUCCAUAUUUUUGGCAAAUGAUUAGGGAAAUUAUUAGAUUCAAGCAGGAUGUCACAAGUUACCUUGAAGCAAUUGACAACAAUCCUGACAUUGAUCGCAACGAAACAUUAGGGCAAUUUAUUGAGUCACAUGGCUAUUCGGAGCUAUUUCAGAAGGCUUAUCUGAUUCCAAUUUGUGCUUCAAUCUGGACCAGUUCCUCAGCAGGAGUAUUGGGUUUUUCUGCUUCUUACAUUCUUUCAUUCUGCCACGACCACCAUCUUCUGCAGCUCUUUGGUCCCCCUCAACUGCUCACUCUAAGAUGGCGAUCACAUAUAAACAAGGUUAAGGAGGAGCUGGCGAAGAGAGGUUGUCAAAUCAGAACUAGUUGUGAAGUAAAUUCUGUAUCAACAAAUGAAGAAGCUUGGCUUGUGGAAGAAGAAGCUUCAAGAAAAGAGAAGGUAAAGGUUGUUGGUUCGUGAGCAAUUGGACUCGAGGUAGGUUAGGCUUACCCGUAGUUAGAUUGAGCUUGGUUGUAAUAUAAUUAUUGAUAUCUUUAAUUAUUGAACGAGGUUUUUAGAUGAUAAAUGAUUGAAUGAUGAUUCUUGGGAUUAGUUGAUUCUCAUAGGUUGUUAAACUUGUAAAAGCAUGAUUGUUGACCUUUAGCUUAGAACCUUAGAUAGUUCUACGUAUAGUCUCAUAAAAUAGUAGGAGAAUACUUUAGUUGCUCUACUAGAUGAGAAUAGUGUUGUUUAAUGACCUUAAAAGUACGUUGACCUAGUUAUUGCUUAAUUAUGAAAUGGCCUUGGUGUUGGGUUGACUUAGGAAGAAUACUUGAAG